CGUAAAAUUGUCAGUUAUUUUGGUGUAAUAGUUCAUGUUUGCAGCUACCGCUUGUGUAAUGCUGAUCAGUUAUAGCCUAAUUCAGAAACCCCACAAGCUGCAUGCCUUACCAAGCCACCACUUGCCAAAUUAAUGAAUAUCCCAGAACAAGAAUGUGGAAAGAUGAGAGGGAGGCGCGUGCGCGAGAUGCUCUAUAAAUGGCGCACACAGAAACUUCAGGUGCAAAACCAAAGCUUUCAGAGCUGUCGCUCAUUGUUAAACCACACUGGUUGAUUUACUGCAGUAAACCAAAUGUCACCUCAGAUUCACGCCGCAGUAGUUUGAGAGUAUUUCCAAUGCAGCCAUGAUGCGCGCGACAGGCAUCGCUGUGUUUCUGGUGUUCGCCUGUGUCCUGCAGCAGCUCGUGCAGGUGAGCAGCCUGAGAAACAAAGACAGAAAAGCACAGACAGACGGGAAGAGGAGGGGAAGAGCUCAGCGCACUGACGGCUCUCUGAAAGGCAGAUUCUCACUGAAGGACGGACCGCGCUGCUCGUGGUCUGCAGCGCGCGACGGCGACGCGUUUGUUUUGGGAAUCACCUGCAAAAACGGAGAGGAGACCUUCGGCUGUAAAUAUGUCGCGAAGCCCACCACUUGUCAACAGUACGCAUCCAAUACCAAAUUAUACUGGAAACAGAUCGGCCACUCGCUGACAAAGCAGAGGAGAGUUUGUCGCGACUCGAGAGCGCUGGUUAGAGCCGGUGUGUGCAGGAGCGCGCCCGCGGACGCGCACUUCAAGCUGAUGGACGCGCGCGCGAACUCCAGAGUCCCAUUACCGGGGAAUAAUCUCUGUCCCGACCGGAUCGAGAGGCUGAGAGUGGCCGAGGAAUACUGUAGCAGCUCGUGGUCUUCACUCUGUACUUUUCUCUUCUUGAUGCUGGAGAAUGAUGAAUGCUCAUGACUGACUUAAAGAAAAGAAAAAAAAAACUUUUAUAUUCCCCCGAUGAGUCGAUUUGUAUGUAUUUAUGAGAUUAUGAAUCAGUUACUUGUCUUACUACUGGAAAUAAAAAUUUAAAUUUUC